AUGCUCGCCGUGGCUACCAUUGUUUUCGUUUACUACAGUUCGUGGACUUUCAUUCUUCCCUUUGUGGAUGAGUCGCAUUUCCUGCACCAGUUCUUCCCUCCUCGAGUGUGGGCCAUCCGAAUCCCCGUCAUCCUCCUGGUUAUUGCUUUCGGCAUCGUCGGCACUUUCGUCAGCUCCGUCAUGAUCAAGCAGUCCGAGAAGGAGAAGAAGAAGCUUGCCGCCAAGAAGUCCACCUAG